AUGGGCUUCGGUGGCUGGGGCAAAGGCGACUGGGGCAAAGGCGACAAAGGCGGCAAAGGAGGAUGGUCUCCAUGGCAGCCGAUGUUCAUGAAGUGGGGCAUGAAGGGCAAAGGCUGGGGGAAGGGCAGCAAAGGCCUGAAGGUGGAUCCAGCCUUGAAAUGUUGGAUCGGCAACCUGCCUGAGGGCACCUCAUGGAAAGCCUUACAGGAGCAUAUGAAUCAGGCAGGCAAGACCACGUGGGUGGAGUGCUUCAGUGGUAAAGGUGCCGGCACUGGAGGCGUCUCCUACGCCACCGCCGAAGAGGCGGCGAAUGCCAUCACCAUGCUCAACGGGAGCGAAGACGGCAACACCUUCUUUGAUCAUCCCUCUGAGGCAUUGCCAAGGGGAAAAGAGGAGUCCUGGUUCAAAGUGACGAUCCCCAGGCGCUUUCCGGCGGAGGCCACCGCCGGUCGGCGUGUUUUGGGGCUCGAAGCGAUCGAAGGCGGACGAGAAGAGGCCGCGGAGACGGUUUUGACGCCCGACGGGUGUUGCCGCGGUUUGCAGCGGUCCCUCGCCAGCACGGAGGGCCGGCGGCAGCUGCUGCUGGGCGCUGCGCUCACGCUGGUGGCGUUGAUGGUGUUGAGAGGACCACUCUUGGACCUCCUGGAAUUCGUCCUGAAGGUUUGUGAGUACUUCUUGAAGCCGCUGCUCUUGGUGACGGAUGUGGUUCCUCCGCCAGUCUUGGAAUUGCUGGGCGUGAUCUCCAUUGGAGGCACCGCGGCCUACCUUUGCUACAAAGAUCCCAACACCGCCUGCCUUUUUGUGGUGUUGCUGUUGGCUGGGGGCGGGUACUUCCUUGCCAGCGUGACCAUCUGGUACAAGCCCAUUGAUGCGUCCAAGGACUUCCUUCAGCUCAGCGACGAUCAUCCAAUAGGUCCCGUUGCUCUGAACGGACUCGGGCUCCCCUGA